UGUAGAAAAAAUUAUUUACAAUUUUGGACGUUGAAUGAUUAUUUAUUUAGAAUUAAUUUUUCCAGUAUUAUCGUUGUAUAUUCCCUCAUUUAUAGUAAAUACAUCGUCUGAUGUUGGUUCCGGAUAGAUGACCAUCCGGUUUUUUAGCAACGAAGUCUUAUGUAUAUUAUUCUACAUGUCCUGUGAGUUAUAUUAUUCAGAUAAAUUGAAAAAAAAUGAUAGCUCACUCGAUCCAUUUACAUCUAAUGAUCUUAAGGCGCGUCUAGACUAAGAAACAAUUGUCGCCGACUUUGUCACCAAUGUCGGUGACAAAAUGUUUCUUUAAAUGUUACUGACAAAAUUUAAAAACAAGCGCGUCCUCACCAAAGCAACAUAUUUGAUAAACAUUUUAGUCUUGGACAAAAUGUGGAACGAGAAUGACGUGACGAUUGCCAUAUCUGCUUAUGUAAUUUUAAGUUUAGAAGCAAAAAAGGCUUCCAAAAAGAGAUUGGGUUUAUUCUAGUUUCUUAGUAAAGCAAAAAUAUAGUGGUAAUGAUUUUAUGACUGAUCUAAAAACGUUGGUCUAUCUGGAGAAUUGAGGUAUGAGUAAUGAGUAUACAAUUUACAAAUUAAAAUAAUAUUUUAUCAAUAGAAUUUAUAACUUGAAUAACUAACUUGAAUAAUUUUUUACAUAUUUUCUUAUGUAGGUGCAAUGGACGAAGCAAAACUGAACGAAAACCAAAUAAAUAAAUAAAAUAUGAUGCAUUUACUAUAUGUUUAUCGACAGAAUUUGACCGGUCAAUUCAUUGUCAGCGCCAAUGUUUAUAAACUUUGUCGAAUUUUUCCCGCGUCGGAUGAAAAACAAAAAUUUGUCGAUAACAAUGUCGCCGACACAAUUAUUGUUGUCGGUGACAAAUUUUACAAACAAUUCUAAUUUUUGUCGCCAACAUUGUCGAUAAUACAUGUUAUCGACAUUGUUGACAAAUGUUUCUUGGUCUGCACGCGGCUUUAGAUGUCGUAGAUUUUAAUAAUAAAACAAAUAAUGUACGUCGUUCUCAUAGAAAAAUAAAUAAAAAGGUAAAAUCGUGCCUUUAUAUUAUAUUUACUUACCUGAAAUCGGAAGCUUUGUUUUCAGGUAUAUUACAACAGCAAAAUGGCCGAUGGAUGUGUCCUAAUAUUAUAUGCGGUAGAACAUACAAAAAUAAAUUUUCUUUGAAUCGUCAUUGUCAACUUGAAUGUGGUGUCAAACCUCAAUAUCACUGUCCAUUAUGUAUAAAAACAUAUAAACGUAAAGAUUCACUCAAAACGCACUUAUUAACUCAUUGAUCAUUUUUCAAAAAUGUACUAAUUACCAUACAUUUUAAACAUCGAUGUCUAUAUGUAUUAUUACUUCCAUUAAA